AUGGCUCGGAGACAGCAACACAUGCCCGACGAGGUGGAGCUCGAGAUGAUGGCACAAGCUGAACUUUCAAGACUGAAAAGACAGUACAGGAUAAUGGAGAACGAUCGGGCAGUUUGCGUGGAGGAUGCAAAAUUGCAGCUUCGCAAUCAAACCAACAUGAUCGAUCGUUUGGAGUACGAAAAAUCGGAGCUCGUACUGCGUAUCAGAACAGCGACGUCGAAGACGUUCGCUCGUAAAGACGAGAAAAUGGAGGAGAAGCUGUCUUGUGUGUUAACGUUGCGAACCAAGUUCGACGAUAGUAUAAAAAGGGAGAAACAGGAGAUAUCAGAGUUGGACGACGAAAUUCGCAAGUUGUCUAAAGAUAUUACCGGUUUGAAAAUGAAAGUUCGGUCGGAUGUACAAUUAAAGGAGCUGUCUUUGCGUAAGGAGAAAAUGAUUUAUAUGUUGGAGAAUCGACUGGAAGUGGCGACGAAGAGGUUUAAUCAUGCUAUCGCGCAAAACGCGAAGCUUCGUAAGGAAAUCGAAGAUUUGAUCAAGGAUAGAGCGCAGUUUAUGACGCUUUGGAAUAAAUUUAUGAGUCAGUUAGACACCGGAAAGCAAAUUAUCAACGAUUUGAUAGAACAGGCUACCAUAGCGUUCAAUCAACGAGACGAAGAAUUGAACAAGUUUCAAGCGCUUCGCGAAAGGGGAUUGAGAGACCUGAAGACACACGUCUCGGAAAUGUGCGAAUUGCAACGAACAAUGGACAAUGAAAUGAAGUUGCAAGAGUUCCUUGGAGUAAAGGGACAGUAUCGUGAAACGGCCGAUUUAAAUGCGAAACGAGCAGCUGAGAGGAAAACUAGAAUGGAGGAGAAACAGGAGAAACUUUCGUCUUAUAAGAAUAUAUUGCAAAUGAUCAAAGAAUUCACCGGUGAACAUGAGAUCGAUAAACUGACGGCGCACUUCAGAAAGCAGGAAGAAGAGAACUUUGCUCUAUUUAGCUAUGUGAACGAAUUAAACGACGAACUGGAUGAUCUUCAGUCAAGGAUGGUUCAGUUGACAGCAGCUAUAGAAGAGGCUCAAGCUGUGAAUGAACAAUCUAGCCAACAACAGGCCGAGACAUUGGAGAAGCUCAAGAAAGAGCUUGAAGAGCAGACUACUCUCGCUGAUGCGGCUGAAGAAAGCCUGGCACAGUGUGACGACGUUCUAGAGAAAUUACUGAAAGGAAUAGAUUCCCUGUUUAAAGCAAUUCGUUGCGACAAUUCGCCGAUUCUACAAUUACUGGGUGACAACGAACAGAUAACGAGAAGUAACGUGAUGCUGUACUUAGGAAUCAUCGAAAAACGCAUAACGCAAAUGUUCCACAAAGUAUAUUGGCUGGACAGAGCGACGAAAUCGCAACAGCUGCGACUCGACGAAGAAAAAAGACCCAGAUUGAGAGUACCCCCUGUUGAAUACAUUGCUCCCACUCAACCUUGUGCCCUAUGCGUGGAAAAAGAGGAAUUGCAAAUCGUAUCUGAAGGUUUGGAGCAACCACUGACACGCGACGAAGCUACUAAAAAGUUACAGCAAAGGCUUGAAGAGGACUAUUCAGAUCUUCUGCAUAACAUAUCUGGUUGUCAUUUACCGGCGGCCAGAAAAAUCAUACAGAAACGAUAUCAAUAA